AUCCGACUGGUCAACUUCUCUCCACAUGAAUGAAAGGAUUUGACUAGCUUAUCUCCGAAGAUUGGGGUCAUUCCACACCCCGGAUCUUGUCCAUGACUAGUAUAGUUAUCCCUACCCGCCCUCGCAAUCUCCGUCGCAUCACGUUUACACAUCAUCCACCAAAAAAUGGUUGCACCACAGUACUUCCCGCGGAUCAUUGCCGCCCAGAUAGACGGUCGCACUCAGAAUAUUCGAUAUCGUCAGAAUCAAUUCCACCGCUUACAGUCCGCCCUCGUCCAGCAUGUCGAUCAGAUCAAGGACGCUCUGCUCACCGACUCGGGCCAUGCGCCGGAGGAAGUCCGCGCCGAGAUCUGUCUGGCCUUGAAGGAACUUCGCACACACUAUGCCUCAUUGGACUUGAGUAAGGACCUCGAGGAAGAGUAUCGAGUCGCUCAUGGCAAAGACAAUCGGGAUUGCAAGCGGGGCGCCGGCAUCGUCUACAUCGUCCCAUGCACCCAUACUAUGUUCUUUUCUGUCAUCUCGGCGCUGAGCGCCGCGCUGGCGGCCGGGAACUGCAUUAUUCUUGAGUUAACGAAGAACACCAUGGCCCUUCCCGCGUUGCUGAAGAAGAUUCUUCCGCCCGCGCUGGAUGCUGAUACCUUCGCCGUCAGUGAAGAACGGCCAGACGGGAGCUUUUUGGAUCAGGUGAUCAUAAUCGAUCAGAAUGAUGGUCGCGGCCUGGUCUCUAGACAAACGAUCUCAUCUCCGAGCACCGCCCGAACAAUUGCGGUGGUCGACCGUACCGCUGACGUGCCCGCUGCGGCGGAAGCCCUCGUGGCGGCGCGGUUCACCUUCGGUGGUCGCUCGCCGUACUCGCCUGAUGUGGUUCUCGUGCAGGAAUUCGUCAUGAAGGAAUUUAUGGAAGCGGUGCUGCAGCGGUCAUCGAAGUAUCUGGGUGGCCAGAAUGGCGAGGCAAGACAGGCUGUGGUUAAUCCCCGGAGGACUAGUGCUGGGGCCUCAUUACUGGAUGCGGCAUAUAAAGAUGCUGGCGCACGCGUGCUAGUGUCCGGAUCAGAGUGGGGAGUGGUUGAAGUGCUUGAUCGGAAAUCACCGCUGCUGCAAAGGAAGGUCGCCGAGAAAGUGCUGGUUGUGCAUCCGGUAACGAGUCUGGACGAUGCCAUUGACUUGAGUGCUUCACGCGGAACGCUCGCUGCGACAUACGCCUUUGCUGCCCCGGCUUCAGCCAAGUACCUCACUCAGUUCAUCGACUCUUACAUCUCCUGGGUGAACCAUGUUCCCACUGAUAUGCUGAUCGGACCGGCUUAUCCCACCAAUCUGCCUCCUAGCCCCGAGACCCGUUACUCAGCACUGUCGUUGCAGGUGCCUCGGCCACAAGUCAUCACCCCGACAAGCAAUGCGGCGCUCGCCCAGUUACUACUCAGCUCCCAGAAGAACAGUACCUGGAAUCAGGUUUGGACCGAAAGCCUGGCUCCGUUGCCCGCUCUGGGCCAAAGAGCCGGGAAGAAAAUUGGAUUCUUUGAGCAGGGCAUCAUCACCGGCGGAGUGAUCCUGCUCUUUUCCUUGACUGCCACGGUCUCCACGAUGGGCUUCUAUGGGUUUCAUGCUAUCAAGCGACUGCGUGCAUAAUAUCAUGAUCCUCUUCUAGUUUCUAGUCCAAUUAUACCAAUUCUC